UCGCGCGUGGUUUAAGCGAACCUGUUAAUACUUUACAGAAAUCAAAUUAGCAAUUACAUACGGCAUGGUCUAAUUGGGGCUCUGUGUAACUUAGGAGCUGGUCAUUGAGUCUUGGCGUUUCAGAUUCUCUAGCACUCUCCUGCCCGCCGCAGAGGCCGUGUGUGAGAAUCCUCUCUGGGGAUGCUCGCGGCGUCGCAGUCCCGAGUUCCCUAAGCCCUCACAGCCGCUCCCAAACGGAGAAGAGUUCGGCUAUCCCGGGGCCUACAGGAUGGCGGCGUGUGCAGAAGUCGACUUGGAAGUUUCUAGAACGCUGCUGCAGGCGCACUUAGGGGCGGUGUCGGCUCCGGUCCCGCCCCCGAGUCGGCGCAGCGGCGCGGGAGUGCGGUCUCCAUGGCGACCGGACGCGGCUGGGCCCCGCGGCAGCUCUUGCGCUGUCCUGGCCUCGGGCCUCCUGCGGGGGUCACUGGGCUCAGAAAGGGACCAGGUGUCAGGCCCACUUCAGACCUGCUGAAGCUUUAUGCCAGGCAUCGAGAGUGCUGUCGGAGAGUUGCCUUGGAUUGCGCCUUGUCCCUGGAUGGUAUGCCUUCAGAGAUCUUACUGAAGAUAUUUGCUUAUUUGGAUGCCGUGAACCUGUUGUGCGUUGGAUGUGUGAACAGGCGCUUUUAUCACCUGGCCAGUGACAAUUUUAUUUGGGUCAGAAUCUACUCCACUGCUUUUUCCCCUAAGCGAUCUAAUUGGAAGGUUAAUUCAGUAGAGAAGACAGCUGUGUCUGUGAACCUCCUGUCACUCGAGGAUAAAGAAGCUGGGUAUUGGAAGAAGGAAUACAUUGUGAAACAGAUCGCCUCUGUGAAAGCCACGGUGGCCCGGCUUCUCAAGCCUGUGAACCCUUACACUGGUCUUCCAGUUAAAAUCAAGGAGGCACUCAGAGUAUCUGGUUUAGGCUGGGUAAUUAUACUGAGAGACAAAAGUGGAAAAGAAUACAUCACGGAGCAUGUUCGCCUUUCUGUAAAUGACACGUCAGUUUCUGUUGUGUGGUAUGGCAAAAACUGGCCACAUCUGGCCACAUUGUCAACCUUAGAUUUGUGCGGUGUGACACCAGUUUUUAUGGACCGGUAUAAAUCCCCCACCAAAACUGGGGAUGUGCAUAGACCUAGGUGGCGUUCUUUAAUUGCAAGGUACAGCCUGAGCGACCUGACGGAGACUACCCUGAUGGGCUGUGAUGGGCUCAUCCAGGUCUUCUGCCUGAGCCCUGGCCUCCUGGUGGGGCUCUGGAAGAGGGACGAAGAGUUGGCUUUCGUUAUGGCAAAUCUUCAUCUGCAUCAGCUUAUGGAGAGGAGCACCUUAGGCUCGGCCACCACCCCAUACGAGCUGCCUCCUCAUAGCCCCUUUUUGGAUGAUGCCCCAGAGUAUGGCUUGCAUGGCUACCAACUCCAUGUGGAUUUGCACAGUGGAGACAUUUCCUACCUAUGUGGCACGUUUCACAAUCUCUUUUCCAAGAAAGAAUACAUUGAAAAUGGAUAUGUGAAGCUCGUUGUGAUAAGUUUUGACAACAACACACAGCAUGUACCUCUUAUUGGAAAAGUUGGCCUCUCUUGGAGAACUAAUAUUUUUGAAGGCUGUAUAAAGAGCUGUUCUGUAAUGGACGUGACUCUUUUGGAUGAUUCUGGAAAGCCCUUCUGGUGUUUCAGUUCCCCAGUUUGCAUGAGACCCUCUACCAGCCCCUGUGACACUUGUGAUUUCUUGGGGCAGAGAUACUGCGUUGACUACGUGGACUCCGAAGGCAGAGUGCACCUGGACUUGGUGUGGAUUGAAGAGACCAAGGAGUACUUCGUUGUCAACCUGGCCCUUUACCUCAGUGUAGCGAAAAUAAACCACUGGUUUGGAACAGAGUACUAAAUAUUAGCAGUAGAUGGCAAACUGUGGCUAUUUGUUUAUUUUUGCCUAGCCAGUUUUGUUUUGGUGUUGGAAGUUAAAAUAAAGCAUAUCUACAGUAGACAUUUGGUGCCUUCUUAUUUCACAUUAGAAACUAUGAUUUAUGAGUCAUUAAGUUCGGUUAUGUAGAAUUAAAUUUUAAAAACAUAAGAUUAGCACAUUCCAGUGAAAAAUCACAUAAUAUAAUAAGGAAAAAGAUAUUUACUUCUCCCCUUAAUAUUUAAAAAACUUAAGCAUGUGAUCACUGUGUGUGUGCGUGCGUGUGCCUGUAAUGUACAGAUAUUUUUUUUAAUUGGUGAGAAUCCCAAAUGAGAAGAUACAUUGAAUAUGAACUAAAUGGUAUCCAUUAGAAUUAGCAAGUGCUAUAAUCACUGCCCCAGCAUUCAGCAUUAGUAUUUAAUAAAGUAAAAUAGACUGAUAACCUAAUUCAUGAGGAAAGAUGUAGCUGAAAUCAUCAGAAGUAAUUGUUAUUACUGUAUUUAAAAGAACAGGGCAUGGUAUACGUGUGAUUCAGACACCUGAUUUGCAUUUGCGGGGAGGGGGUUGGGUGAGGCUCCUCCGCACAAAUAUUCUAAGAAUUGAGAUGCUUGGGGCCUAUAUAGGAGUGACACAUAUCUAAGCAAAUGUUAUUUAAGGGCAUUUGUUUCUAAAUUUAUGUCUUUGAUUGUAUUGAUUUUUUGGGGACAUUUAUUUUUGUAAAUUAUUUGCAGAAGUGAUUUUUGGUAUCAUGCUGUUUCUUCUACCGAGGCAUGCAUGAUUAAAAUUUCCCUCUUCUAUAGUUCACAUUCUGCUUCCAUUGAAUUAUCUGCAUCAGCUUCCUCUUUGGAGGUGUGUGUGUGUACAAUAAAGAGCUUAAAGACAGCAAUAAAGUAAAAUAGUUAAGACUCUUUUUAUAUCUGUGUACUGAACACCAUGGAUUCUCCUGUACCUUCAAUUCCAAUGUGACACCACAGACUUCAUUCUAGUUUUCUCUGUUUCCAUAUCUGUGAUCCUGAAUACACUUACUGAGUUAUCACUGACUGGACAAGCCUCCCCUUGCUGUUCUACUGCCCCUUCUCUCAUACAGGUGCCUCCUGGCCUCACUUCUACUCUGAUACCUGUGAUUGGUGCUCUGUCACAUGGAAACCCUUCUCAUCGCACUGGGCUCCAGUACCCCUGUGUGUGUGCCCUCCUCACACAACCUGGGCUCAGAAAUAUUUCACAAGGCCACUCCUCUGCUUGGAUGCUCACCCCCUCCUCAAGAUCUGUCUUCCUGUGCCAGGCUACCAAAUGCAUGGACCCCUUCCUCCACCCACUGGGGCUCCAACAUCCCACCCUGGAUGACUGUGGCUGCCCCUACCCCACAAGCUGCCUUGCUCUGCACCUCUUAAUGGCCUUAGGAAUCAAUAGUUGGGGAAGUGGUAACAUUUCUCAAGGAUUAAAAAUACUAAGACGUACUAUUAGCGCUUUGUGUCCUGAAUGUUCACAGGUUAUGCCUGUUAUGAACAAUAGCCCUUUUUGGGGACUGGCCAUUUUCGUGUUUUUAUGUACUGAAAUUAAGUUGUCAGACACAUGAAAUAAAAGGAUUUAUGAAUCAUACUCCUUUGUCAGAAAGGAAGCCUUUUGUUUGUGAAACAAGAAGAGUUAUUAUGCUAGAAUAUUUUAAAUACGAUGAGGGGAAUGUGAAGCAGGGCUCGUUGAAAUCAAUUCAAGAAAAAGAACAGGUGCAGACUCUUAAUUAUGCAGUUGGCAACGGAAACAAGUGUGACUUACACACACAAAAGGACAUACCUACCAUAAAAUAAAAGAGAAAUACUUUUAUUUCAAGCAAGCUCCUGAUGUAAAAUCUUACCUGAUUUCAAAUCAGGUCAAAGAUCUGACCAGUCUUUGGAAAGGUGACUUUUAUGUGUGACUUGGUGGCUGUCUUUUAUUCCGUUACCAUAUACUUGUAAGUCUAAGGGUAGGUGCUCUCAAGAACAAUGGAAGUUGUGGUGAAGGGCAACUGGGAGGAGCCCUUUUAGAGAUAGAACAAAUAUCAAACAUUGGCCUCAGCAGCUGGUUCUUCCAAGGAGCCAGAAUUUGAUUGGAUUAUUUUGCAGAGCAAUUUAGGCACAGGCAUUGUUGAACACAGUAGAGCAAUCAGCUGGAAAUAGUGGAAUUUAACAGCUGGGGGUGGGUAGGGCAGAUAGGAAGAGAGUACUACCAGUACCACUGUCAUCCAAGGAGCAGUGUCAGAGGUUUAACACUGUGUGAGUGGUUGGGGUGGGGGUAGACUUCACUGAAGUAAUCUAGGUAGCCACUAAACAAAUAAGUAAAUAGCAAUAACAAGUUGGGGAGGGGGGAGAGGACCAAUACAUACAUAUACUACAGUAUAUUCUCUAAAAUGUCCAGCUUCUGACACAAAAUUAUGAGGCAGUAAAAGAAACAGAAAACAGGGGAGCAGACUCAUACAAGGGGAAAAAAGCAGGCAACAAACUGCCUGUGGGAGCAACCAGAUAUUGGGUUCAUUAGAAAAAGACUUCAAAACAGCCGUUGUAAACAUGUUCACAGAAGUAAAGGAAGGUAUGACAACAGUAUCACAUCAAUAGAAAAUAUGAAUAGACAAUAGAGAAUAUGAAUAAAGAGGAAGUAUAAAAACAAACCAAGAACAAGGAAAUCUACAGAGACAGAAAGUAGAUUUGUGAUGUUAAGGGCUGAGAGGGUGUGGGGUGAGACAGGAGGAUAGCUAAAGGGUAUUGCAUUUCUUUUUGGGGUGAUGAAAAUGUUCUAAAAUUCACCAUGGUAAUGUUUGCACAUAUCUGUAGCUUUACUUAAAGUGAAUUGUGCACUUUAAAUGGGUGAAUUAUUUGACACAUGGAUUAAAUCUCAAUAAAACUUAAAAAAUGGUUGUCAAGGUGUUGGUCUUAAGUGCGAGUAUACAUUUUGUAUAUGGAAUAAUGUUAGUUGCUGCCAAAUCAGCUCUGACUCAUGGCAACCUCAUGUGUAACUGAAUACGUGGAAUAAUGAGAUUAUGUGGAAUAAUAGAGUUUUUUGUGGCCUCCUGUGGCUUCAAGGAGUAGCACCUAGAUUUUUUUGUGAGCUGUGGUGAGCAUGAAACGGAUCAUGGCUGGACAAGUCCCACGAUGCAGAAGCUGCAGGGCUGAAGGCUAUACACAUUGAACUCUUCCGGUAAGAAUAAUCGGGGGAAAGAUGGGUGAGAUUCUUUUUAAAAAUUCUUCUGCAGAAAUGGAGAGGUGCUGUAGAGAAUCCCUGUAUUAGCCACUCAGGAAUGGCUGAAUAUUAUAUCUGACAUGCCCACUGCUGCCUGGGAGCUCCAGGCUGCUGGACAGUCAGAGAAGGAAAGGCUGGUCUGGGACCAAGUGCCAUUCCGUUGACGUGGAACAAGUCAACAAAAUACGAAGAACAAGAGUGCAUGAACAGGGACUCGAGGUCACUCAUGAGCAAUUUCAGCUGAACAGAAAAUGGUAGGUGUCGGUCUGGUUGUCAGUCCUGAACAUGGUGGGCAAGGGUGAGUGCAUGUUGAGAAAUACAGAGGAAGUUGGGAAUUUCCCUGCGGACUGUCAGUACUUUGGUGUAUUAUUGAACAGUAAGUGGUAGAUAAUCAGCCUCUAUUCUACUGGCUCUAGUGGUUCAUGGGAAAAGCUGGAAGAGACAAGUCCUGGCCUAGCCCAAGCUCUUAACUCUCUGUCCAUGUGUUUUAGAUGGAGCAGAACUCUCCUGCUGACAGGUAUAUGAUGUGGUGCAUACUUUCUCACAUGGCUAGGAAAAACUCGUUAUCUCAGAGCCGCUGUUAAGUAAAACAAUGGUGUUUCAUAGCAACUGUUCAUGGAGGCUGUCUUUAACUACUUCCGUUACUGAGGCUCUCAGGUUGGCUCUAUAAGGUCAAGCAUUUUUGGAGCUUAGUCAGUCACUGACAGUUAUUCCUAUGCAGAACAAAACAUGUCUUACUAUACAAUGUAUUUACUACUAAUGAUUUUAACUGCAGUGAUGUUUUGUUGGCAUGUGUUACUAGGAAAAUUUAGAGUUGGUGGAUAUAAUAAACCCAC